ACGCUAUAUGUAGUAAUAAUACAUGUGUAUGCAACGAAAAUGUUUCUCAUUACGUGGAGAGUGAACUGUUUUGCUGGGGAAACACGGGAAUCAACGAAACUUGUAAUCAAGACCGAGAUUGUUACGUGAAAGAUUUCAAAGGCAAUUUAACAUGUCACGCUACAUGCGGCUGUCCCGAUGGCACACGCUUAAGCAAGGAUGAAAUGAGUUGUGUAGGAUCAGCAGAACUUGGAGAAGCUUGCGAAAUAGACAGUGAUUGUUAUGUCCCGUCUUCCGUUUGUAAGAAACAAGUGUGCACAUGUGCCAAGAACUAUUAUGAAUCACAUGAGCUUUGUUUGCCAGGUAUCAAUGCUGAUUGCACGGGUAACGAAGGUUGCUCACCGAAUAAUUCCGUGUGUAUUUCGAAGAAAUGUUAUUGCGAGCCGAAUUAUGUGGCUGCGUCUAUUGAUUCAUGUAUACCAGUAUCACUGUUCGGCGAGCCGUGUUUACUGGAUAUUCAAUGUUCUGCCACUGCAACGGACGCAAUUUGUGCGUCUGAGAACAGAAAUGACACCGCGGUCACAACGGAAUCGUCGACAGAAUCGUCGACAGAAUCGUCGAUAAAAUCGACGACAGAAUCGACGACAGCAGAAGACAAAAUUUGUACUUGUAGUACAGAGGACUACUACAGAUUCGGAAGGUGUUUUAAGAAAAAAUUUCUCGGCGAAAUUUGCACGAAUUUGGGUGAAUGUUAUGAAAGCUACAAUGAAAAAAGAAUAGUUUGUAGAAACGGGAAAUGCGCAUGCAUAUGGGGCUACGUGAAAUUGAAUGGUACUGUUUGUGUAAAACAUUCACAAGAGUCAAAAUUUUUUUUGAAAGGUGAGUAGCCUUGACUCGGUUAAGCUAUUAUAUUCAGUUAAUAGAAAAUUUUUGCCGCAUUUUAUUUCCGUCCACGUUAAAGCAGUGCCGAGGUGAGGACCUUUCUCGGCCGCGCAUAAAACCCUUUUAUGUGGCAGAAUAAUGUGCCCGCAAUUACGAGUCGCGCAUUCGCACGCCAGUUCGAGGGCUGUAUUGUAAUUUUUGCGAUUAGC